AUGAAUCUGCCGCGAGAUUUAGAGCCCGUGUGGCUGGUGUCGACGACAGACAAGAAACUGACGCGUCAGGAGCUGCAAAGGGUUGAUGUUGAGGAAAACACACGACAGCUGCUGCGGAAAAAGGUCGGAGGAGUGUCUCUACGGGUCGAAAGCCAGCUGCUUUACGGGCUGGCCACCGUCGUGAACCGGAAAGGACACAUUUUGCUGGAAGACUCGAACGAAACAAACCGGGGCCUGAUCAAGCUGUUCAGCCAGAAUGAGAUUGACCUGGUCACAAGACCAGACAGCUCGGAACUUACUCUUGCUUCUCAGCCGUCCCAGAUCGUGGACUUGCUACCCCAGGACCUCAAUCUUGACCAGGUACUUGCCAAAAUAAACACGACGGACACCCUGACGCACUCGCAGGUCGCCAGCAGUGAGAUUGGAAGCAGCGAGCUGGGAAUCGAUGUCGACCAGUCGGUUGAUCUGGUAACUCGUCGUGGUGAAGGUGACAACGAGCUUGACGAGAGCAUUCUUCGGCAGUCCGAAACAGACGAGCAAAUAUUGAGUCGUCUCGACCUCACCGAAAACGUUUUGUCAGAUCUAGGUGAUUUCGACAUGGACGUUUCGUUGGGCGACUCGUCUCCUCCCCCGGAGGUCUCGACUCCCUUGGGUGACGAGCAAAUGCAGGACAUUAUGAUUGUUGAUAGUGACCCGGAAAUCCCCCAGCCAAAGACCCGGGCGAAAAAGCGGCCAGCCGUCAAGAAGCUAGCUCCUCUAGAUGCAGAAACAACCGCUGCUUUACCGUGUCGUCCGGCGGACAAGAUUCUUACCAACCCGCCGACAUUGACAUCUCCAGUGUUUUCAGUUAUCGACAAACUGCUUGAUCCAGACUAUAUUCGCACCGAGAUCAAACGUCGCCGUCUUUUAGGAUCCGACGAUGCCGAUGAAGAUUUCGAUAUCCCCGAGCUGGACCAGACUGCUGAUUUCGAUAAUAGUGAUGCUAUGGAAGAAGAGGAAGACGUUCCCGUCUCCCCUAGUGCAGUGGCUCCACUACCGCCACUUGAAGAUGCAGGCGCCAUGGAAGUCGAGGCGAGAAAAGCUAGAGAUGCUCUUGAGACUGCUCUUGAAAAGGGACCAGCCAUCUUCCAAUCAAUAGGCUCGAGCCGGGUGCAAAAGGCAGCGGCGUUCGCAGAGAUGCUGUCAAUGGCAGCAAAGGGCCAAGUCAAACUCCAUCAAAGAUCUGCAUUCUCCGAUAUUCGUAUACAGCAGAAAUAA